UAACCCAGAGUCUCUAUCGUCACCCUCACAUUGUCCCCUCCUCCACCCUAAAAAAGAACUCGAGAACAUCGUGGGCUAAGAUGAACCGCGACCUCAUGCUAGCAUUAUCUCCAAUCCUCAAUCGGUAUUCCCCCAAAAUUGAACAACUCGAAUGGGCUCUCAAAUCCUCAGAAUACCACCAUUUUCUUAUUCCAAAACCCUAGUUUUUUCCAAUCCCACCUACCUCUCCCGAUCCCUACAAAAGUCAUCCCCCAGCAGGACCCUCAACACCCAAUUCAGAACUCGUUCGUCGAAACCCAGAUUCAGCCCCACGCCCACAUUUUCUGCGUCUAGAUUUGGCGUGGUGUUCCCUCAGAACCAGAGGAGCUUCGGGAGAAGUGUGACAGCCAUGGCUGCACCUGGGUCUGUUCAGAAAUCGGAUGAGGAGUGGAGGGCAGUUCUGUCGCCUGAGCAGUUUCGGAUUCUGAGGAAGAAAGGAACCGAGUACCCAGGCACUGGGGAAUACAACAAGUUGUAUGACGAGGGAAUCUAUACCUGUGCUGGGUGUGGAACUCCUCUCUACAAGUCCACAACUAAAUUUGACUCAGGUUGUGGAUGGCCAGCUUUCUUUGAUGGUCUUCCCGGAGCCAUAAAUCGUCACCCGGAUCCAGAUGGAAGGAGGGUUGAAAUUACAUGCGCAGCUUGUGGUGGGCAUCUCGGCCAUGUGUUUAAAGGUGAAGGCUUCCGUACACCAACGGAUGAACGUCAUUGCGUCAAUAGCGUUUCACUCAAGUUUACUCCUGCAGAUUCUUCAAGUUGAAGGCUUGUAAUUUGAUUUCUUGUUCCAGAUUAACAUAGGAUAACCGCAAUAAAGACAUACUACCCAUGGCUCCGUGGGUAGUAUUCAUCGUCUUCACUCUGCUCUGAACUACUACACAUACAAGUUCUGUGGACUUGUAUUUGUCCCCUAUGACGACCAUGCUGUUUAUGGGUCUUUUUUCAUCUGUACAUCUGAAAAUGAUACUGCUGUCUUCUUUUUUUCCGGGUCCUUUUUCAUUUGUAUUUAUAGCUUAGAAUGAUACUGCAUCGUCGAAGAAAUAAAGUCUCUCAUGAUUCAUCUGAUAU